UAGUAUGAAAUAUCAUUUUCUUUCAAACCAAUUUCCCAUUAACCCCCAUAAUUUUGCCACAUUAUUACAAAAAAUUUUAAAAUCAAAAUCAUUAAAACCCUGCAAACAAAUUCAUGCCCAAAUCAUAACAUCAGGCAUUGACAUGAACACAUUUUCUCUACAUUCAAAAUUAGUUGCUGUGUAUGCAUCUUGCGCUUGUUUCACUUCUGCACAUUCAAUGUUUCAAAUCACACAAAAUUUAAAUGUUUUUGCAUACAAUUGGAUGAUUUCUGCUUUAACGUUUAAUGGGUAUUUCGAAAAAGCACUAAAGUUCUUUACUUUACUCCAACAAUCACAAAAUCUUGUUCCAAAUACUUAUACUUUCUUGUUUUUAUUGAAAUCUUGUGUCGGUUUAAGGGAUUUAAAUAAAGGUAAAGCUGUUCAUUGUGUUAUUAAUAAGUUUGGGUUGCAAUUUGAUUUGGAUGUUGUUAAUGGGUUGAUUGAUAUGUAUUGUAAAUGUGGGUAUUUAUGUUAUGCCCGCAAACUGUUUGAUAAAAUGUCUAAACCAGAUGUUGUUUCUUGGACGAAUAUGAUUGCUGCAUAUUCUAAUGCGGGAUGGGUUAUGGAAUCACGGGUGUUGUUUGACAGGAUGAAGUUGGCUGGUUUGGAACCUAAUGAGUUCACCUGGAAUGCUUUGAUUACCGGGUAUGCUAAAGCUGGAGAUUGGGUUGGGGCAUUUAGUUCGUUUUCUAAAAUGAGUAAAACUGGUUUGGUUCCUGAUGUGGUUACUUGGAAUGCUAUGAUUUGUGGUUUUGUACAAAGCCAACAGGUUAAUAAAGGCGUGGAAUUGUUUAGAGACAUGUUGGUAGCCGGGGUGAGGCCUAAUCCGGUUACCAUUACUGGUUUACUUCCUGCAAUUGGAUCCAUGGGUUCUGUUGAUUGUGGGAGAGAAAUUCACGGGCUGAUCUUUAGAGCAAAUAUGUAUAACAACGUCUUUGUUGCUAGUGCACUUAUCGACAUGUAUUCUAAAUGUGGGUGUGUAAAACACGCAAGAGACGUUUUUGACUCCAUACUAUCCAAGAACAUUGCUUCAUGGAAUGCCAUGAUUGGAUGCUAUGGGAAACAUGGGAUGGUUGAUUCAGCCAUUGAGCUUUUAGACAAAAUGGAAGAGGAAAACAUGCAGCCGAACCAAGUCACAUUGACUUGUGUUCUUGCGUCUUGUAGCCAUAGUGGGUUGGUCGACAAAGGUUUGGCUAUAUUUAAGUCAAUGAGAGAAAGCCAGCGGGUUGAGAUAAGAGACGAGCAUUAUGCAUGUGUUAUUGACAUCCUUUGUCGUUCUGGGGAAAUUGAAGAAGCGGAUGAUUUAAUACACGAGUUGGGUACAAAAGUGACUGAUUCGAUGGUUGGUGCUUUCUUAAACGGGUGUGUGGUUCACAAUAGACCAGAUUUGGCUGAAAAAAUUAUGAAAACAGAUUUAAAGAGACCUGGAGGAUUUGUUACUAUGUCUAAUAUUUAUGCUGGUGAAGGAGCGUGGGGAAAAGUUGAGAAGUUGAGAGAAGUUAUGAAGUUGCAAAAAGUCCAAAAACAACCUGGGUUUAGUUCUGUAUCAAACAAUGUGUAGUUGUUUUUGUUAGUUGGAUGUGGUUAUCACGUCUCUUGAUCUUUCGUGUUUGUUAUUAUGAUGUCAAAUUUUGUUGUAUAACACAAGUGCUUGGUAAGUUUUAUAGACGGGAUUCAUGAUUUUUUUACUUAA